AAUCUUGAAACUAUCAAAAUAUACAUAAAAACUUGUAUAUAAAUUUUUAGGAUUUGUUUGUUUAUGUUGUUUGAUAGUGGUAUCAUCAAUCAACCAGCAGGAAGUAUCAAGUAGUAGUUUAUUUUAUACAAGUUUACCUUUUUAUCUGUAUAAUAAUCAAGAGUUACAGCAAUACUACCUCAAGAUUCAACCGAGAAGUGGGUAGAAAUUUGGCGGAAAGAUUGUCUGUCAUACUCGCAACAGCUGCCCAAUCUUUGUGUGUCGGGUCGGGUGGUGGACAGCUGAACGAGAACCACUUUCUUCACUCGUCGGAGAACAUGGCUUACCACCACUUUACUACUGCCACCGGAAAAGCACCGAUUUUGCUCCUCCCAUCGCAUUCUCCCAGAAAAAUGCCAACAAAUAUAAGGUUCAAGUGUUCUAUUGAGUUACCAUUGUCUAUAUCGACCACGGAUGCAGCUAGACAUGUUGUAUCAGGGCUUGCUGCUUCCUUGGUACUUAUAGUGCCAACAAACCAGGUUUUGGCGACACAACUGUCAUAUAAUAAUUUAUGCCAGAUUGCAAGUGCCACCAACAGUAUGCCAACCCUUCCUCUUGAUGAGGGUUCAAAUCUGAUGAUGAUGAGAGGUAUGACAACAAGGAACUUUGAUCCUGUAAGAUACUCCGGAAGAUGGUAUGAAGUUGCUUCACUUAAGCGUGGAUUUGCUGGACAAGGUCAAGAAGAUUGCCACUGCACCCAGGGAGUAUAUACAAUUGAUACGGCAACACCAGCAAUCCAGGUAGAUACCUUUUGCGUUCAUGGCGGGCCUGAUGGCUAUAUCACUGGUAUACGGGGCAGGGUCCAAUGCCUUCCAGAGGAAGAUGUGGAGAAAACCGAAACAGACUUAGAAAGGCAAGAGAUGAUUAAAGAAAAGUGUUACCUUCGGUUUCCCACAUUACCCUUCAUUCCUAAAGAACCUUAUGAUGUGAUUGACACUGAUUAUGACAAUUUUGCCCUUGUUUCUGGAGCAAAAGACAGGAGCUUUAUUCAGAUAUACUCGAGGACACCAAAUCCAGGGCCAGAAUUCAUAGCAAAGUACAAGCUUGUGUUGGCAGACUAUGGCUAUGAUCCAAGCAAAAUCAAGGACACUCCACAGGACUGUGAGGUCUCAGAUAGCCGAUUAGCUGCAAUGAUGUCGAUGAAUGGAAUGCAACAAGCUUUAACAAACCAGUUUCCUGAUCUUGGACUCAAGUCUGCUGUUGAGUUCAAUCCCUUCACAAGUGUAUUUGACACUUUGAAGAAGCUUGUGCAGCUAUAUUUCAAGUAGUCAAAUUUGGUCAAAAAUUCAAGCAAAAACAAAACCAACAGUUCUCAACCAAGCUUUGUCAUAACCCAUAAUGAACAAAACAUGUAUUGCAUUCAUGUUCACAACUUCACAUGACAUGUUUUCA